AUGUUGGCAGACUAUUUUGAUCACUAUGGAGGCCCAGACAACCUCUAUGUGAAAAAAGUGACGAAACUAAAUCCAGGAGAAGGGGAAGUCCUUCUGAAGGUCUCUGCCAGAGCUCUGAAUACGGAUGAUUUACUCCAGAGGAAAGGGAAGUGCACUCACCCCAAAGGAGCAAGCAGUAUUUUAGGCUUAGAAGCAGCUGGAAAUGUGGUUGGGCUCGGACCUGGCUGCAGAGGCCACUGGAAGACUGGUGAUGCAGUGAUGGCUCUGCUCUCUGGAGGUGGCCAGGCAAAAUACGUCACAGUACCUGAAGGCUGCCUGAUGCCAGUUCCCAAAGAUCUGACUUUUACUCAGGCUGUGGCCAUUCCUGAAGCCUGGUUAACAGCCUUUCAGCUGCUGCGCUUUGUAGGUAAAGUAUAGGAGGGCGAGAGAGUGCUGAUCCACUCAGCUAGUGGAGUUGGGUUAGCAGCCAUUCAGCUGGUAAGACUGGCAAAAGCUAUUCCCAUUGUGACCGCAGAAACCCAAAAGAAACUGAAAGCAACAGCAAAAGCUGGAGCAGCUGUGGGGUUCAAGUACAAGAAUGGAGAUUUUAGUGAAGACGUCUUGGUGUUCACCCAAGGUUCUGGCAUAGAUAUUAUUUUGGAUCCUGUUGGUGGCUCUUACUGGGAGAAAAGCUGUCUGAGUACUGAUGGCUGGUGGAUUAUUUAUGAACUACUAGGUGGAGGUGUAGUACAUGGAGAUUUGCUUUCAAGCCUGCUUUACAAAAGAGCAACCAUCCACACAAGUCUAUUACGAUCACGAGACAAGAAGUAUAAGGCACAGCUGGUGAAGGACUUCAUAGAAAAUGUGCUGCAGUAUUUUUCUGGAGGAAGGUCCCCUCAUUUCCAACUGUCUGUCCACAGCGUUUACUGUCUGCAGGACAUUGCCAAGGGACACAAGGCCAUGGAGAAAAACACGAAUAUUGGCAAGACUGUCAUGGAAAUACAUGAUUUAGUUCCAGGGAGGCAAGUGCCUCGCAACCAGAAAAACUGA